AUGCCCAGACAGACUGCUACCAAAGAUCUAUUUGGCGUGGCCUGGUUCCGAGAUUUUGCAGUCAAGAUGAAAGCAUAUGCUGCUAUUGCUAGCACCAAUACUGCUGCUCAAAACAAGUUCAAGGAUGAUAUCUUUGAAGCUGUUCUUGCAACAGGAUUUCUGUGCAACUGCGAUCGAACAAGAAAAGCUCCUCUGAUGCUGGAUCUUCAGACGAACUAUUGCAGAGGAGUGGAUUAUUAUCCAAAGACGGUCAGCAAAGCACAAGAUAUGUUGAAAAUUCACAUGGAAGUGAGUAAAAAUCCGGGAGUGAACCUCUACCAAGGAAAAGACCAACCUAAUAAAGGUAAAGGUAAAGGAAAAGGAAAGGGGAAGCCGAAGGAUGGAAAGAAGGCAGCAUGUUAUGUAUGUGGCAACAAAGACCAUAUGUCUCCAAAAUGCCCAGACAGACUGCCACCAAAGACCCAAUAA